UUCAGGUACGAAUGUGAAAUGUGUCAUCUAAAAUUCCCAGCGUCAUCUCGGUUGAAACAGCAUUUGUUUGGCUUCCACAAGCGACCCGGCCCGUUCCCAUGUGAAUUGUGCCCUCGGUCCUACUUCAAUAAGUUCAGAUUGGUUCGGCACUGCGCCUCAGUUCACAAGAUUGGUACCGUAACACAGAAGGAGAAGAAUAAAAUGUGUGAAACGUGCGGGAGAGGAUUUGCAUCGAACACCGUGCUAGCGAACCACAUGCGCACGCACUCGGGCGAGCGUCCGUACCGCUGCGGCGACUGCCCCGCCGCCUUCGCGCACCACGGCGCCUACUACACGCACGUGAAGAGGCUGCACGGGAAGAUUGUUGAUAGAUACGGGACGGUCACGCGCGCUGAGAAGUAA